GGUUCAAAAUAUCAUUAGUGUUAUAAAAAGUAAUCAAGGUACAUACAUCAUCAUUCUGAUUCACAUCAGUCGUGGAAUUUUUGGUCUUGAUCUUCUUUUUCAUGUUUUUCGUCUUCAUUUCUGCUCACGUGUAGUCAAUGUGGAUGACGUCAUUAACAAUAUGAAUAUUCAUUUCUUCAAAUUGUGUGCAACUACUGCCGCUGCAAGCAAGAAGAGCUUUUGACUCGCUUUUGUUUUUGAGAGAUAAUCACUGGGAAUGGGAUUGCUAACAAUUCUAAAGAAGAUGAGACAGAAGGAGAAGGAGAUGCGAAUCCUCAUGCUAGGAUUGGAUAAUGCAGGAAAGACCACCAUUCUGAAGAAAUUCAAUGGAGAAGAUAUCAACACUAUAUCUCCUACCCUUGGCUUUAACAUCAAGACAUUGGAACAUAAAGGGUUCAAAUUGAACAUAUGGGAUGUAGGCGGUCAGAAGUCGCUUCGUUCUUACUGGAGGAACUACUUUGAGAGUACCGAUGGAUUGGUGUGGGUGGUAGAUAGUGCUGAUAGGAGAAGAUUGAUGGAUUGUAAACAAGAGUUACAUUCUCUUCUCUUGGAGGAGAGGUUGAAUGGUGCGACAUUGAUAGUCUUUGCUAACAAACAGGACUUGCCUGGUGCUCUCUCUGCUGAUGAGAUCAGAGAGGCUUUAGAACUUGAUAAUAUCAAGACACAUCAUUGGUUGAUUCUUGGAUGCAGCGCAGUAACGGGUGAAAAUCUACUCUACGGCGUCAACUGGUUGAUAGAUGAUAUUGCUUCCAGACUCUUCACAAUGGACUGAUAAUGUAUUUAUUGGUUUUCUGGAUGUGUUCACACAUGGACUCUGAAGGAGACCAGCAGCUUUACGAUCUUUCCUACAUUCUGCAGCUUUGUGAUCUCCUGGCCCCAAGAUGCUUCAAACUAUCAGCACAAGUACUACUGUAUGGGCUUCAGGUUUGUGCUACUGGUUCUACAAAUUUGCAGGCAAGUCCUACGAGCACUACAUGCUACAAGGCGUCGGCUCUUUUUCAUAAAAUUGCAUGAAAUUAUAUGAAUUUCUGACAAAUGUUCUAUCGACCAACCGAAUUGCACCAUUUCAGUGGCUUAUAAACACUGUGGCCCAUGACAUAAGGCUUAGUGAUUGAUCGCAGGGUUGAUUUAUAUAAUUGAUUGCACUGUGUAUGAUUAAUUGUGAAAAUCACCCUACGAUCAAUUGCCAAAGCUUUAUGUAACAUCCUUGUCAUUAACAAUGAGUUUUAUGAAACUGGAUCCAGGUCUAUCAUGAACAGCUCAUUUAUCUGCUGUCGAGGAAUGACCAUGCUGCGGGUAAGGAAAGUGAAAGUAAAUGAGAAAAAUCAUAGCAAUCAAUGGGUGUUAUUAUUAGUUAUUGUGUAGUUGAAAAGAUAAUUCAUUGCUGUGGGUAGUAUUUUCAAAGCCAUGGCUCAGUAAACCGUAUAGGUUAACUUCUUAGACUACACUUUUUAUGGAGUGCCAUUUGCUAACCCCUCACGCCCCCCCCCCCAGGAAAAUACCUUGAACUUGCAGUAAGUUUUCCCCAAAGUAACCUUUCUUGUGAAAUUUGAAGAUAAUGAUAUUUAUGGGUAUACAACAAAUUUAAUGGAAAUUUUGGGUAUACAUUUUUCAUGAUUGAAUAAGAUGAAAUCAAACAUUCCAUAAUAAUCUAGGCUAAAGUUUUUGUUUAGAUUACCCUUAAACCUUGAAUUAUAAGAAUACUAACAAAGGCGUUCAUGGUACAAAGGAAGAUGGCCAGCAAAUUUAUUGAUUUUAACUUUAUUGUUCACUAUUUCAGGGUGUUAUGCAUACAAAAUUUGCUAUCCCUGGCAUUUCUCUAUGUAAUAAUGCAGAGUUGCCGACCCUUACGGCAUAUUAAUUAGAUGAGUUGUAAUGUAAAUUCGGUGUCGACUUCCCGACCGAAUGACCGAGCGAAAAACUUUUGUUAACACGUUUCGUCUCGUAAAAAACAUUUGGUUCAUCCGUUUGGUCGUUCACAUUGUAAUUUAUCUGAUAAACAUUCUGUGACGGUUGGCAUCCCUGAAUAAUGUAAGACUGAACUCUUAUGAAUUUCAAUUUUAGAAGCUUUGGGUGUUGGUUAAAGUUUUCAAUUUCGAAUUUAUUUGUGUUGCAAACCAAGUGAUAGUCCCUGAAAACUUCUUCACAUUAACUCAAAGAGUAAAGCUAUACAUACAUGUUGUUUGUAUAUUCAUUGUGUGAAGUGCAUGAUUUGUUUUCUUUGUAUACCCCUCUUCUAUCACUCAUUGAAGUGCAAUACUGUUCUUUUUUUAUUAUUAUUAUGUCUUUAUGAUUUAUAACAGAGUGUGUCCUGAUUUUGAUGAAAAAACACAAUUCACUUAAUUUGAGUUAACAUGUUACCUCAAAUGAAAUGAAUUUUUUUUGUAACAAUUAUUCCCCUUUAGGGUAUUGUAGGCAAUUGUCAUAAAGUUUUUUUUUUUUUUGGGGGGGGGGGCUUGUGUAACCUGGGGUGGUAUUCUGAAAAUUGUCUUAACUUUUCUUGUAACUUUUCUUGUAACUCAGCAAGAUAAGAGCUCGCUAAAAUUCUCUUGAAUCAGUAUUCUGAAAAUUGUCUUAUCUCUGUAAGGACGUCCCCUAUUUUAUCUCUGACACGCCCAAUAUUUCAUCAUCAACCAAUUAUUAAGCUUGUUAUAUGCUUAGGUCAACCAUGCCAAUAGAAGCGUCUCUUCUGAAAAAUAAUGAAGCGCAUAGUUGAUAUGAGGCGUAAUUUCCUUGCGCCUUCGACGCUUAUGCUUGUGCGGUUCUGUGCUAAAAAUACACGUGGCUCUUCUCAAAGAUAUAUUUUCUCUGAAAAGAUUCAUCGUCUCGAGCACCAAUUUUUACUUCCUGAAAAGUCUACCAAUCCGUCGUUAUAAUGUCUCCUUUUGUAAAACAUGAUGUUCUUGCGGGAUGCAGCAAGAAAUAAUUAUUGCAGGCGGGCAAAUAUCGCAUGCAACAAUAAGUUACAUUAGCCCCCUACCUCUUGUAAAUUUUCUUGUAUUUUGCAAGGAAGUUAACAGAACGCAAAGAUAAGAGAAUUUUCAGAAUACCUUUUAUCUCGAUAUGUUAUCUUGCGCAAAGGGAUAUUUAUGUGCCGUUUUUAACUUUACGCAUAAUUCUAGCUCUGACAUCAUACACGCUCAGCAAAAUUUACAAAGAAAAUUUACAAGAAAAGAUACAAGAAUUUUCAGAGUACGGAUUUUUUUGUAACUCUAAAGAUACAAGAAUAUUUCUCUUAAAACAAUUUUCAGAAUACGGCCCCUGUUUCUUUCGGACUAAGUUUCUAUGGGGUAGCAUGAAAGUUCUGAAGUUCAAGACUGAUGUUGUGUAACUGGAGAGCGUUUCAUGAAAGGACUUGUCGGACGUUUUAUCCGACAAGUCCUGUUUUAUCCGACAGUUACUAUAGUAACAGUGCUUCUCAACCAAUCAGAAUCCAGGAAAGUUGUCAGAUCUGACAACUUGUCGGACGAAAAUAUUGAUGAAACGCCCCCCAGGUGUCGCUAAGUGCCCGGUUGCUUUUAUUUUGCUGACAAUAUUUUGUGUAUUUUAUGAUAAAGAAUUAUGCAAAUGAGGGUCAUGCUUUUCAGCUUUCUUUAUUAGUUUGCAAAAACUUGGUGCAAAGUAUUUCCAACAUUUAAAAAAAAAAUCGGUUGAAUUCUUUUGUUAUUCAUCAAUAGGUAAAUUUCUUCAUAUAGUAUUGUUUUUUACUCUUCUUACUAUUUAAUGUGUUUUAAUGAGUAAAUAAGUUUCAAAUGGUUGAGCAUGUGAAAUUAAUACAUUUUGUGGGAAUUUGUAAGAAUCAUUUUUUCCCAUUCCUCUGUACCCAAACAUGUCACAAAUGUGGAAAUCUUGAAAGAAAAAUAUUGGCAGACAUUUUGGCUUCAUUUAUACCACCCUUCUCCUCGUCGUUAGAAAUUAUAUAGAAGUUUUGAAAGCCUGAAUUGCACUCAAUUUAGUCGGCUGUACACUACAUUAAUGUGGCAGUGAGUGUGACUGAUACUUUCUCAGACAAUGUUUUGUUGUCGAUGUACAUAAAAAUAAACAUUUGUAAAUAUUUGGAUACAUUCCUGCCAUAUUAGAUCAUGAAAUAAAUAUAAAAUACAUGAAACACGCAAAGCUCUAAGUUUGUUCAUUUUUUCUGAGUCUUUCAAGAAAUACAGAAAUUGUGUAUCAGGUUUAAUAACAGAAUGUAUUGAACAGUUAGCUGGUAACAGAAAAUUGUUUACCAUUGCACACUUUAUGAUCGCAACUAUAAUCAUACCAAUUUGCAUGAAGUACAGAAAUCUGAAAUUUAAUUACUUCUUUGGAAUAUUGUAAUCAAAACUUUGUGUGACCUUUUGGACCUCAGUUCUGAUAUUCAAUUGCCAUAUUACAAUAAACAUCUUUUUUUUUCUCAA